UCUAAAUAUCCAGCUGUUGGGUGGCUUCAGACGACAGUUGAGGUGUUGAAAGAUUAACUCAGACACCUUCUGUGAAUGUGGGUUGAAGGCUUGCAGCAUGUCAAGGAAGACCAGAAAAGAUGCAAUGAACAUUCUGUAAUCAGGAAAAUGAGAGAAUUUCUUCAAGAACACAGCAGAAACCUUUCUUUCCUGCAGCUGGAAGAUGUGGCCACAUGUUUUUGAUAUCUGGUUAAUUUAAUAAAGGACUCUCUGUCAGGCUAUCUGGUGACCUUGUAAAUCUUGUACCUGUGUGACAAAAGUGCCUUUGAAACUUGCAGUAAACAGUUCAUUCUCUGGAAAACCCAACUGUUGGAAAAAUCACUAUUGAAGAAUCAUGUCAAAAAACCUGGAGAUCAUCAAUUUGUCAUUUUUGUUGGAACAUGAGAGGGAAACAAUACUGGGAGUACUGAAGAGAGAUGAAUAUUUGAAAAAAGUGGAAGAUAAGAGGAUAAGGAAAUUGAAGAAUGAGUUGUUGGAAGUGAGACGAAAAGGUGGAAACCGUCAUUGCCGACAGGACCGCGGCAGGGUCUGUGUUCGCUGUCAGAAAAACCUGGGCUUAAUCUUUGACAGGGGGGACCAGUGCCAAGAAUGCAAACUCACAGUUUGCAACAAGUGUCGUGUUUUGGGAAUUGAUGGGAACUGGAAGUGCACUGUGUGUGCCAAGAUUGCACAGCUAAGGAUAGUGACAGGUGAAUGGUUUUUUGAAGAGAGGGCAAAGCGCUUCAAACAAUCCAACCUCCUUGGAACUGAUGUUGUCAGACAGUCCAUCCUACGCAAAGUCCCAGAUACUAUUUCCGGUAAGAAAGGAGGACAAGAGAAAGAUCACACCCAGGAGACUGUAGAGCAAAGGCCAGAUACCCCAGCUUCCUCCACAAGUGGGCAGAAAUCAAUAUUCAGUGGACACAGAAAGAUAGGGAAGGCCAUCAGGGCAGUGACCAAAGGAGAAAUCACCAAUGUGAAAGCUGAAGAUGGAAGAAGCAGCAGUUCAGAAGCUGAUGCCCAAAGUUUACGCAGUGUCAGGUCUACUCCCUGUUCUGACAGGGGGAGCACUCUUUCGCUGAACAACAAUGAUGCAGAGUCCCUUCCCGGUAACAUGAAAGGCACAGUGAGCUCUGGGUACCGAAGCAAUGCCUCCACUCCAGUCCGUUCGAGGUCACCAGCACUGAGCACACGCAGCAUGACUUCAGAUUAUGGCAGGCAGGACCCUGGUUUAAAAAAUGGUGCUUCUGUGCCUGCAAGUGAAAGUGUACCUGAAGAUUUAGUGAAGAGACACCAUAGGAAUGCAUCUGAAACACCUUCAAUAGCAGUUUCUAGGGCAUCUCUUGCAUCAGAUCUCAGCAAAUCUGAGAUAGAUUUGAGUGGGUCUUUCUCAGAAGAAAACAAGGAUGCUGUAAGCUUAAGAAGUAAAUCAGUACCAGAUGCUUUAGACCAGGACCUGGAUUACCUGGACGAGAUAGAGGAAGACCCUGAUGACAUAGUGGCCUCUCAUUAUCUAAAACAUCGUGGACAUUUGGCAAGUGGAUUAUCAACAACUAGCAUUAACAGCAUGAUGAGUGUUUACAGUGAAACUGGGGACUAUGGCAACGUGAAGGUCAGUGGGGAAAUACUUCUCCACCUCAGCUACAGCUACAAAACGGGUGCCCUCAACAUCCUGGUAAAAAACUGCAGAAACCUGGCCAUAGCAGAUGAAAAGAAGCAAAGAACAGAUCCCUAUGUCAAAGCAUACCUCCUGCCAGACAAAUCUCGCCAAAGUAAACGCAAGACCAAAAUCAAAAGCAACACCACCAAUCCAGAGUUUAAUGAAACCCUAAAGUAUGUCAUCAGCCAUACACAGCUAGAGACCAGGACCCUCCAGCUUUCUGUCUGGCACUAUGACAGAUUUGGGCACAACAGCUUUCUUGGGGAGGUGGAAAUUCCUUUGGACUCCUGGAAUUUUGAAAAUCAGACAGAUGAAUGGUUUGUGCUUCAACCCAAGCUGGAGGUUGCAGCAGAUGUCGGGCUUCAGUAUAAAGGAGAGCUGAUAGUUGUUUUACACUACAUUCCCCCUGAGAAAAACCUAAUGCUUCCCCUCGGACAGUUUCAAGGAAAGAAGAGUUUAAAAAAAGGAAAGAAAGGAAACACACAGAUGCCUUCUGGGGGUAUGUUGGAGGUCCUCAUCAAGGAAGCCAAGAAUUUAACAGCUGUGAAGUCAGGAGGCACUUCUGACACAUUUGUUAAAGGAUAUCUGCUCCCAGAUAACAACAAAGCAACAAAACAUAAAACUCCUCUAAUAAAGAAGAGUGUGAACCCCCACUGGAAUCACAGCUUCACUUUCAGUGGCUUGAAUCCUACGGAUCUACACAACGUAUGCCUAGAACUGACAGUCUGGGACAAGGAGUCACUUUCCAGUAACAUCUUUUUGGGAGGUGUCCGUUUGAGCACUGGAAGUGGUGUAAGUAACGGGAAGGAAGUCGAUUGGAUGGAUUCUCAUGGGGAAGAGCAGCACCUCUGGCAAACGAUGAUGGACAAUCCUGGAGUUUCUGUGGAAGGUAUAUUAAUGCUGAGAUCUAGCAUGGGAAAACGCAGACUCUGAGAACAAAUGGCUUGCACAAGGAUAAACUCCAGCUGUUUUGCUGACGUGACUCUUAACUGUUGUGGGGUACCACAAGGAUGCCUGGUGUUAGUGGAAUUCAGUCUGUUGUAACUUUGCACAUGCGAAAGUGGGGAAGAAAGACUCCUGUUUGCCUUGGAUUUUACGGCUCCAGAGGUGGAUUAUAAUGCAUUCUGCACUUUCGUGCAUCCGUAUUCUUAUGACAAUGCUCCUUACCCUAGUGAAACUCCUACUGAAGUCAGUAAGAAAGAUACCUGAAUAUAGAAUAUAAAUCAGGCUUUCUUUGUCUCAGAGACAAAAAUAUGGUCUACUAGUGUCAACAUCCAUGAAGAAUAUGGAGCAAGCAAAUGCUUUAGUCAUUUGAUGACUAAUGAUUAUUUAUGGUAUAAGCCAAUUUGAAGCAACUCAAAAGUUUGGUAUUUGAAAUGAGAUUAGAAACCACCAGAUUCCAAGCAGUCUGAAAGAAUAAUUUGCAACAUCCCUUCCCCCUGUUUACGUGUUCAGUUAUUUGAACUGUGCAUGACAGCAAGCCUUGCAACAAGCAUCACUACAAGAAAAGCUGAUACACGGCACACAGCAGCCAUUAUUUGUGUAUUUAGAAAUAGGCAGCAGAUGUGCGGAUAUAAAAUAACAGGAAUGCUGUACUCUACAGUGAUGUGUGUGCUGUGUAUUUCAGUGCACCAUUCAGAAUGCAAGCUACGGUUCCCCCAGAUCAAAGAGCCUCUUAUGAAAACAGAUUAUUAUACAUCCCUGAGCAGCUUCCAGAACUAAGCACCGUUACUUAUGGCUGCAUUAUAACUUUUGCUUAUAACUCAUUUAAUAAUUCAGACAUCACUGUACAGAAGAGGAGAGAAGUUAAAACUUCUGUCAUAACUGAUGAGAUGUUGACGUUUACCCACAUGUGCUGUUUCAGGUUUAAUGGACUAAGUCCCAAUUCAGUAAAACAUUUAAAGAAAUGAUCUAAUUAAGUAUAUGCCUAACUGCUUUGCUGAAUUGGGGUUUAAAUGGGGAAGUGUUCUGAAUGGGUUGGAAUCCUAUUCAAGCAUAUCCUGCUGAUUUAUUAAUUAUUAACCAUGAUAUGAUUUAGAAUGGGAUUUUGCUGCUGAAUGUUACUAAUAUGAGUCCUUGCACUUAUAGUACUAAUGCAUUUUAAUAUAAAAAUGUUGUCUUACGAUUUUAAUUAGUCCAUGUUAAAUGGCAUCGUUGUUCUAUAUUCAUUUGGUUUCCAAAAGUCUGCUUUGUGUGUAAUGAGAUCUGUCCUGCUCUCAGUACACACCACCAAUCUUAAAUUUUCUGCCCGCUAAGAACUAGACCCCCAUGUGUACAGAGCACAAUGUUUAUGGGCUGUAGCUGUGCUAUACAGCAGCAGAACCAUAGCAAGGAGAAUAAUUGAUCCUUACCAAAUAUAACAUGUACAGUAUUUGCAGAUUUAUGUGAUACACUAAGUUCAGCACUCAUGUGCUAUGGUGAUAGGUACCUUAUACAAACCUAAGAAACAGCAAUAAAUUGGGUAAAUUAUGUUUCAUCUCAAUGAUCCAUAAUUAAAAUUGUGCUCCCUGUCAUCAACAGUAAAUACAUCUACUGCUAUUCUCAUCCUUAAUUAUUUUUCAAGCAUUUUACUUUUGGGAGCAAGACAGUAUCACUGUGAAAAAUAUUUAGCAACCACAAACAAAAUAAACCAAUAAAAAAACUC